CUCAAGACCAGUGUUUCUCGCUCUCCUUCCUUUCCCCCUUCCUCCUCGCCACCACACGGGCGAACAGGGCAGCCGAGGAGAGACAUCGCCAUGGCGUCGCGAUUCCUCGCCCGAUCCAAAACCCUAGCCCUCGCCCUCUCCCGUGCCGACGCAGCUCCAGCGCCCCUGUCAGGAUCCCGCGCGCUCUCCUCCCUCCCCCGCUACCCCGUGGUCUCUGCCCCGGCCCCGGCGGUCGGAUCCCCUACCCGCGUCGGCAAGGUUCUGGGAUAUGAGCCAACAUCACACCUCAGCGGCACACAAUUUUCGCCACGUUGGUUUUCUACUAUAGUACCAAGUGGAUCUCCCAUGCAGAAGACACAGAUCUCAGAGACAUGUAAGUAUGUUCCUGGAGUGGAACACUCUGAUGCACUGAAAGCAACGGAAGGAACCUCCCCAAAAGUUGUGGCAUUCAGCCCAUUGGAAGCAGCUAUUGCUAAACCUAGAAGCAGUCCAUUGACAAGUGAAAGUUCCAAAGUUAGUCGAUCAGAGAUAGCAACUCAAGUUACAUUUUACAUGAUCCCAGCUCUGCUUCUUGCCUCCAAAAACAGCAUAAGUACCUCUCUUAUGGUUGGGGCGGUAUACCAUCAAAUAUACAUGUUCCACAAGGAGAUCUUUCUGGACUACGUGCACCAUGAUAUCACCAGGAAGUGGGCUUUGAUAUACUUCAAGCUGCUUUUACUUGUCAUGGCAAAGGACACCAUCGUGUACUUUGAUCUGUUCUAGGUUCACCAUGUAAUGAUGAUCAUGGACACAAAGCUAGGGCGCUGGCUGAUCCCCCUGCCUGAACUUUCUUCGUUUCCAACCUUUCCUGCUCCCAACUUUGCUUACCUUUUUUUAAUCCAUGCACUUGAAAGGGAUUGCUUAGUGAACAUUCAGAUAAUCAGUUUCUGCAAAUAAGUUACCAUGAUACGAGAGCGGAUGACUGCACUCUUGUUUGUAAUAAUAGUAAAUAUCAACAUGGCAACUCAUAUUUUCUAGCCCACUGCAGUUGCGCAUAUUUUCCGUUGCAUGAAGUAGGGCUGUCAAUUAUCAAAGUACAUCUUUGUUGAAGCAGAAACUGUCAUUGUAUGUUCGGUAGCUCUUCAGUCAAGCAACCUAUCAACAUUUGUAUC